AUGAUAUUGGACUCAACUGGCAAGACCAACUACACACUGGCAAGUGCCUAUAGGGUCAUCAGCCUAUUGAAAUGCCUGGGCAAGGUGAUUGAGAAGCUCGCUGCAGAGUUAAUCACAAACUUUGCAGAGGCCCAAGAUCUCUUCCACGAUGGCCAAUUUGGAGGCCGUCGGCAACGCAGUGCAAUUGACGCCGUGGCAUGCUUAGUUGAGGAGAUUCACCAAGCCUGGGCGAAUGGGAAGCUGGCUGCAGCACUGUUUAUGGAUAUUAAGGGGGCCUUUGACCAUGUUGUCUUAGCCAGACUAAUCGAGGUCCUCAGAGAGGCUGGCGUGGAUGGAGACCUUAUACGCUGGGUAGUCUCGUUUCUAUCUGAUCGGCAAGUCACCCUCGUGAUUGACGGACACAUUGGAAAGGAAGCAUUGAUAAGCUCUGGGCUACCUCAGGGCUCUCCGGUGUCACCUAUCCUGUUUGUUUUGUAUGUUCAUGGGCUGUCCAGAGCCAUUGAGAGGAGUGUGCCAGAGAUUCGAUGUCUAUCCUUUGUGGAUGACCAAGGCCUGAUAACAGCCGCAAGCUCAGUGAAGGACGCUUGUAGGACCCUUGAGAAAGCAGCCGAAGUAGCCAUUGAGUGGAAGGUGACCAACGGGGUGCAAUUUGAUCGCAAAAAGACUGAAGCCGCAUUCUUUUAUAGACGACACAGACGUCAAGUGGCCCAAAACAUAUCUCAAGCCCGGAUCAGGGUUGGAGGCGAGUUGGCGACUGUCAAACCAACAGUACGGUGGCUAGGUAUACUCCUGGACAGCCGUCUUACAUGGAAGAAUCACUACAACGUUCGAAUCAAGAUAGCAAGAAGCACGAUAAUCCGGCUGAACUCACUCUGCAGAGCUAAUGGGCUACCCCCAGCAUUAGUGAGGCGCAUACAAAAGGCUACGGCACAAGCCCAACUCCUUUGGGGUGCCGAAUUUUGGUGGCAAGGCCAGAAAAUAUGGGCACAGAGGUUCCAAGUUCUAAUCAAUAAGCAAGCCAGAGCUAUCACGGGCAUGUUCCCAAAGACCCCAAUUGGAGCUCUAAUCAGAGAGGCAGCAUUAGAGCCAGCGACAGCCUUACUGGACGCUAGAGUGGCUCAAUAUACAGCGAGGCUACUGACACUGCCCGACACGCAUCCUACAGCGCAGAUACUUCCAGGAACCCUUAGACAUGGUGACCUCCACGCACAACCUGGAGAGCAACCGCUAGAUGACCGUGAGUGGACCUCUAGAGACAAUAAGAUGCCGAAUCGACUAGGUCAAAGACUGGCAAAGCACCUCGCUCAACGGCUGAGCAGAGACCCCUCGGGAGGAAUCGAAAGGACUGAACAAUGCGAGCUUAAAGGCUUCCCAGGCUCGAUCCGAGUCCUUGACAAUGAAGAGGCCCUAACAGAGGCUAAUCAACAGCGCCCUGGAACGAUGGUUUGGUCUGAUGGCUCCAGACUCGAUACAGGACGUGCAGGAGCUGGAGUAGCUUUACAAGCUGUACCCGGGGGUCCCUGGGAACACGUAGAAGUGCCAAUGGGCCAUGGACAUGAGGUCUUUGACGCGGAACUAAUGGGAGUAGCUACAGCACUUGAAUGGGCACUUGAGAGGCAACCUCUCGGUCCUAUCUGGAUACUCCUUGACGCGCAGAAUGCUAUUGAUCGCCUCAAGUCAGCAAGACCAGGCCCUGGGCAAGCCCUUGUUCUUAGGGCUCACAGGGCAGUGGAGAAGCUAGCUAUGAGAGGUCAGCCAGUAACAAUACAAUGGGUUCCAGGCCACUCAGGAGUGGUAGGGAAUGAACAGGCUGAUCAAGCUGCUAAACGUGCAGCUAGUAAACAAACCGCGCCCGGUUUUGAGCACCUGUCUCUAGCAGAUGGACGUGUCUACAAGAUGCUCGAGGCUGGAACCUUGACCCAGUGGCGGGAAAAGCCCCAAAAAGACUGGCUAGUCGGACGGAGGGCUCUAUAUCGAGCCCUCGAGAAAGCUGGAGUGCCGCUACCUACAGCGGCUGAGGAAAGCCCCGAGGCUAGGCUAUUUGCUGAGCCUAGAGCGACGCAGGGUUUGCUGCAAUUUGUGGCUGAAGCUAACCUGUUUAAUGAUAAUGAGCGGACAGCCAGAGAGGCUGAGUCUAGUGAUGUGUGGGGAUGGGAUACGUUGGAGGAAGGUGGCCUAGGUGCCACACUGGAGGAUGGGUAG